UACUACAUGAGUACUGUCAGUGUUCUUUACCUCAGGUUCAUGACAUUUAACGUAUACUUGUCGGCUGUAUGAGUGUAAACAUGAACCCCAGCCGUAAAGUCGCCUGUAUCCUUUGCCAAAGGUCCGAGGAGACGAAGAUAACCGGAGCUUUGUCGACCAAAGGUGACAUCACAGCUCACCAGAACUGUUUGUUGUUUUCAUCUGGUAUUUAUUGCCAAAAUUCACCACAGUUUGACGAUCUGUUUGGUUUUUCUGUGGAGGAUGUGGCGAAUGAGGUGAAACGUGGAAACAAACUGAUUUGUAAGAAAUGCAAGAAAAAAGGUGCCACUGUGGGGUGUGAAGUGAAACGCUGCAAGAAAUCCUACCACUACCCAUGUGCCGUUGAAGAGAGAGCGAAGAGUGUCGAGGAUGAAACCAAAGGCCAUUACAAGUUGUACUGCUUGAAACAUUAUGAACAAGAAAGAAAUAAUUCUCUAAAUGGGAUCAACGCAUCAUCAUCCAAAAAAUCAAGUAAAGCAGCAUCAGACAAGUUUUAUUCCCAUAAGGUUUAUUGCCCAACAUGUAAAAACACUGAGGGAAGUAUCCUGUUGGAGAAUCUGGAUAACAACCUUAUAAAGUCUUACUGUGUAAAUCAUGCACCUUCAUCAAGUAAGAACAAGAAUGCAGGUGGGUCGUCUGUUUACAGCAGUGCUUCAGACUCAUCCAGCAGUACAAAACACAUCCCUUACAAGAGACAGCACAGUUUUGACGACGAAGAGGAGGUUACCCCCUCCAAACGUAACUUUAAAGGCUGGACAAGGAGGAUGUCAGAUGAUUCGACCAAUUCAGAGUUGGGUGAAUCUGACAAAGAACCCAUGAGUAUAUUUGCUCCCCUAGACUCAGAUUUAGAGGAGAACGCCAACUCAGUCCCCAAGGGUCAGUUUAUCAGAAAACACAGUGAGAAUUCCUCUGGACCAGCCUUAGGAAAUGAAUGCGUAGAUGAGAGCAGAAACAAGAAUGAAGAUGAAACAAUCAUACUGUCGGAUGGUGAGUCAGAGAGUCUGCUGCUCCCUGUGGAGACCUGCAUGUCUGACUCAACAAACAGUACAAUCUCACAUCAUUCACAGCCAGUCGCAGUUCCCAGUGUGGCUUCCGUCAGGGAUGGUCCCAGUAAAAAGCAGGGCCGUGACAAAAGCCCUGAACCUGUGAACCAUCCGGGUAAACAUACAUGUAGACCCCCCGAAAGCUCCAAAGCCCCUCCCUCUUCUCACCACUCUAGUCCAUACGCUGUUACUGACUCGCAUCCCCAAAGCAGCAGCUCAGCAGCGCCCCCUAAGUCCACCGCUGGACUUCCUGCUUGUGCGACCCAGCCGUUAGACUCCACAAGCUUCUGGAAAUGGUGCAACACUGCCGGAUGCACCGAGGCCAUCUUCACCAGUUUCAUUAAUGAGAUGACCGCUAUCUCCAGGAGAAUUCAGUCCGACCAGGCCACCCAGGAGGAUUAUGACGUUGCUCUUAAAGUCAUGAAGGGUUCUGGGAAACUGGGAGAGCUCGUAGCCAAACAGCAGGAAGAGUUGAAGAAGAAACAAGAGGAGCUGCAGCAGGCGGCAGCAGCUCUGGAUGAGGUGGCCUCAGCGCUCAGAAAAUCACACCGAUGUUAACGUAUGAGCGCUUUUAUGUUUGUAUACAGUUUCUGUUUGUCAUUGUACUGUAAGUUCAUAGGAGGGCACACAGAAAUACAAUAUCAGAUACUGAUAUGUUCAAAGCACUGAUACUUUGAAGGACAGUUGUGCAGUGAAAUUUCAGUUUUUCAGUUAUGUUUAUAGAAAUUAGCUUAAGAGUUCCAGCACAGAAAAAAUAUGGAGUUUUUUCAUUAAGUAAAAAUAUGUUGAAAAAACUGUUAUUUAAAUCCUCUAACAAAUGAGGAGCUGGUCGUAAAGUUCACAUCCAGUCCUAAGAGUUUUCCAAGUUUAUCAGAGUCUUUGUAUGGAGUACUAUUGUUUUUAUAAUACUGUUUUUAAGAAAAAAUAUAUUUUAGUAUUGAAGAUAAUUAAUAGUAUGUAUGAAUGUGUGUAAUAUGUUCUGGUGUGAAUUUUAGGAAGGCGACAAAGCGUUCUGAAUGUGCUUUUUUGGAUCCUCUGUAUUUGUGAGUCAACUACAAAGACUUGUGUGUUUUCCAGUCUGUAUUUACAGUGAUACCAGACUUUUUAGACGUGUUCAUGUAAGAAAACUUGUCCGUCCUCAUUAUGUGUAAAAAUGUGAUCUCGGGAGCAAUUGCGGUACGACUGUUUGCUUGGUGUCACAGAUGAAAGGUGAAGGUCGCUGUGACCACAGCAACAGACAUUCAUCGAUUAGUUGUUGAGCUGACAAUAAUCGAUCAGUUUCAGUUACUCUGAAAGAAAA